UAUGUACGACACAGCAAUGGCCAAUGGGCGCUGGUUUUCAUUCUGUGUCGAUGAUUGAGACGUUGCGACAGUGUCGUCAAUAUGCAUUAUAUGGCUUAGAGGGAAACAAGAACCUGUCUUGUUCAUUUAGAUAACGGUGGCAUUUAGGAAGCUAUUUUCUCGUAAAUUUCAUAAACUUAAACCACGAACAAUGGCUGGCACUUUGGCUCGUAAAGCGAUUGACCAUCUAAAAAGCAAGGAAUUUAGGGAUUACUUGAUGAGCACGCAUUUCUGGGGGCCAGUAGCAAACUGGGGACUGCCUAUAGCUGCCAUCAGUGACAUGAAGAAAAGCCCAGAGAUCAUCAGUGGGAGGAUGACCUUCGCUCUUACCUGCUACUCUCUGGUGUUCAUGAGAUUUGCCUAUAAAGUCCAGCCCAGGAAUUGGCUCCUCUUUGCCUGUCAUGUAACCAAUGAAACAGCUCAGCUCAUACAAGGAGGAAGACUAAUUAAAUACAAGCUGGAGAAAAAGCUUGCUUCAUAAGAACGGGUGAACACUGAAGAUUUGCUCAGAAAAACAAGAGCCAGUGCCUGUGUUUAAUAAAAUUAUGCCCAUUCAAAUUUGCCAUCAAAUGUCAAGUGAACAUUGCCAUCUGGCUUUAAUUUUUAGUUUUUGUUGGGUAAAUGCCUUGAUAAAUUAGACUAUAAUGCAUCCUGUAUAAUUUCGAUCCAGGUUUCAAGCAUAGGUCUAUUGCAAAAUCUUACAGUGUUGAUGUGGUAUAAAUGUUAAAUGUCAUCUGUAAUUAAGGCUUUUUAAAUUAUUCUGUAUAACAAUUGAGGAUAAUUUAUGAGAUUCUUACCUUACCGAAUAAAUUUGAUACUGACAUGUUUUUAGUCUUUCUUACAAAGUAGGGACUAUUGUAGUAUUUGUGCAUAUUGAGUUACAGUAAGUGUAAGACUGGAAAAUGGCUCUCACGGGGGCAGUAAUUAUUAACGAGUACCUGCGUGCGCUGAGGUGUGGGCAGGCCAACAUGUGCAGGUGUUUUCAUCAGGAUCUCCAAGUAGAUGUACUUUACCUGCUGAACCUGUUCUGCAUUUCCUUUGCAAACAACAGCUGCAUACUCUGCAUAAUCAAGUGCUGAACAUGGGGGUUAAGCACAAGAGGGUUGACAGCGUAUACUCUCUUCUUCUUUCUGUUCUUUCUGACUUUUCUUUUAUGAUCUUUUAUGAAUGAAUGUAAUGUACUUUUACCCGUAAGAUCCUACCAAGCCUGUUACUCUGCAUUCUGUUGCUAUAACCGCGGGUACAUACUCCUACAUAAUGAAACUCAAUCACCUUCUCAA